AGUUUUGAGUAAAGACAGUUCAAAGUUCAUGAGCAUAAUAAAUUAUUCGCGUAGGCUAGCAACAAGAGUCGACAACAACGGUACAACGAUGGCCGUCGCCAUUGAACGGGUCGGCGAAGAAGGUGCUUACUAUUUAGAACGAGUUAACAUUGUGGAAGAUUCAGACGAUGAAUUUAAAUAUGAAGAUGUUGCAAUAGAUGAUGACUAUGCAUCAGAGCCUGACGAAGACCUGCAUGCAGCUGUUAGAACAAUUCAAGAGGCUGAGGAGGAUGAUUUGGCUGCUGGGAAAGCAAAUAUCAUCAUUGCACCUCCUGUUACCCGGCGACCUGAAGUUGUAGAUGACUUUAUCAGGAAUUUUCUGGUGAAGAUGGGGAUGAAUCGGACGUUAGACUGUUUCCAAACAGAGUGGUAUGAGCUACAACAACGUGGGCUCUUGAAACCAGAGGAUAUACAAACGGUUCCAGAUGUUUACACUCAGAACCAACAUCUUGACGACCGAGUGAAGCUUCUUCGCAGGGAUGUCGAUAAGUUUAAGAAUGCUGCCAACAGGGCCAAAGAAUCAUUUGUCAAACUUACCAAGGAACGAGACUUUCAUCGUAUGCACCAUAAACGCAUUGUGCAGGAGAAAAAUAAAUUAAUUUCAGAUAUCAAGAAAUUGAAGAAACAUUACAGUUCUUACGAGCCAACCUUACGUCAGUUAAAGGAAAAGUAUGAGGCAGCAAUGAAGGAGAAGAUGCUUACUAAACUGGAACGAGACCGUGCUGUUGGGGAAGUUGUGGGUCUCCAGUCAACCCUGCGUAAUUUCCAAAAUGGGGAAACUGAUCUGUUAUCGCAUGAGUUGACUAAAGAACAGCGCCGUUUGAUGUAUGCCUCCGGCAUUGGUCCUACACAGUCUGCAGUGAAGGCUGCAAAUGAAAUCCACAAGAAAUCUGCAACAUCUGAUUCAAAGAACAAGGAUGUUGUUAAUCAGAAGCUACCUCGCCAUCUAAAUGAUUCAGAGUUUCCGUGCGAUACUCGGACAAAUCCUGCACUGGCUUCUGUCAAAGGGCCAUCAGCUCAUCUGACUAGAUCAGGUGGAUUCAGGCUAACACAUACUAUCCAGCAGGCACACUCAUUGGCUGUUAGUGGGCUUGCACUGCAUACUCGAAAGCAAAUUUUGGCCACGGUGAGUGAUGACCACACAUGGAAGAUGUGGGCAAUACCGAGUGGUGACAUUGUGAUGACCGGUGAGGGUCAUAAAGACUGGAUAGCAGACUGUGAUUUCCAUCCCAAUGGUCACCAACUUGCCACAGCAAGUGGCGAUGUGACGGUCAAGAUCUGGGAUUUCUCCAAGGCAGAGUGUAUCCAUACAUUCACUCAACACCAGCAUUCAGUUUGGGGCGUAUCGUGGCACAAGUGUGGAGAUUUUAUUGCCAGCUGUUCAAUGGAUAGCACCUCAAAAAUUUGGGAUUUAAACAGCUUGAGAUGUCGAAAUACAUUACGUGGACAUGCAGACUCGGUGAACAGCAUUGAGUUUCUACCAUACUCUAACACACUUGUGACAUCAUCAGCUGAUAAGACACUCUCAUUAUGGGAUGCAAGGACGGGACUAUGCGGCCAAACUUUCUAUGGGCAUGUUCAUUCAGUGAAUCAUGUGACCUUUAACCUUCGAGGUGACACCCUUGCAUCAUGUGAUUCAUAUGGUGUGAUUAAGCUUUGGGACGUGCGAACCUGUGCUCCGAUGACCAGCAUUGAUGUGGGGCCGCACCCAGCAAACAAAGUUGCGUUUGACCCGUCAAGCUCUGUGUUAGCCAUUGCUAGCAGUGACAGCACGGUCAAGAUGUUUGAAAUUGCAUCCGGUCAGGUAUCAAAUCUUACUGGCCAUGAAGAUGCCGUCCAGUCAGUAAUCUUUGAUCGAACUGGUGACUUCCUUGUGUCUGGUGGCAGCGACUCAACCGUCAGAAUCUGGUCAUAAAAUCUAUACUAUACAGCAGUUUGUUAAUUACAUGGUUUAUACUAUUCUUCCAGAAGUUUACCAAGAAUUGUCCAUGCUAUUUUCUUCAGAUUCCAUAUAAUUUGUACAUAAAAUUUUGUAUUGUAUGUUAUAUUGCAUGUUCUAAUGAAAGUGUUGUUAUUCAAAAGCAACUUUUGAAUACAAAAUAAAACUAAAAAAAAUCUGGUAUCAGUCAACAAAAGCAAAAAGUUAGUACACGAAAUAUAAAACCCAUAAAAUGUAGGGCCUUUUGACAGCAAUGUUUUUAACACACUUUAAUUAAUUACUAAAUGAAUUUAUUAGUUAUUACAUCAUUAUACCAACAGGAUUCCGUCCAAUAAUAUUUUACAUUGUUAAGCAUUUGUAAGAUGUAGUUAUUAUUUAUAUAGUGAGGAACAUGAUUAUCGCAUAUGACGUCAUCAUAAUAAAAAUAAAAUUUGUUGGAAUGAUGAAUUCAAUAAACUCUUAUGCUUCAAAAUGUUCA